CAUGGUGCUCUGGAGGGAAAGGAAGAUGUCUAUGAGUUUGCUUUUGUGGCGUAUGCAGUCACUGAGCUCCCUUACUUUGCCUCCUGCAGACUAGGAAAAAAAAGAAUGAAUGAAGAGAUCGAGUCAGACCUCCACGGACUCACCAAAUAUGAGGAGAAAGCAUUGGAGACUAUCAAGCCCAAACUGAAAGCUGACAUCGAAAAUCCCAAAUUAAACUUAAUCUAUUUAUGGAUAGAAGGUUAG